CUUGUCAAUCUCGAACGCCUUUAUUUGAGUAGGAACAAACUGAUUGACCCAAUUCCAACCUCCAUCACCAAUGCCUCUAAACUUACCUUAUUGGGAAUAAAUAGCAACUCUUUCAGUGGCUCCAUACCCGACUUUGGUAAUUUGAGACUCCUACAAAGACUUUACAUUUGGGGAAAUAAAUUUAUUGGAGCGGAAGCCCCAUCUCAGGAGUUAAGAUUUCUCUCUUCGUUAACUAACUGUCGAUAUUUGAUGGAUUUGGUGAUGUCGGAUAAUCCACUUAAUGGUAUCCUACCCGCUUCGAUUGGGAAUCUAUCCUCAUCUCUUGAGUAUAUUGGCGCGUCAAACAACAACAUCAAGGGUGCCAUUCUUUCUGAAAUAGGAAAGUUAAGCAGUUUGCUAACUAUAAAUUUGGGUAGGAAUCAAUUGAGUGGAGCCAUUCCACCAACAAUUGGGAAAUUGGUGAAACUUCAAGAAUUAGGCCUUAGUGGUAAUCAAUUUGUAGGAUCUAUCCAUAAUGAUCUUUGUGGAAUGAGUAAUUUAGGGGUGUUGAGGCUUGGUGGUAACAUGCUUGUAGGUUCAAUACCUAAAUGUUUGGGUGAAGUUAAAUCAUUGAGAGAGAUCUACUUAGGUUUUUCCAACCAAUUGAAUUCAACCAUCCCUCCCAACUUUUGGACUCACAAAUUUUACUGUCCAAAAAUAAUUUCAUGGGUCAACUAUCAUAUGAAAUUGGCAAUUUAAAGACAAUCUACUCUCUAGAUUUGUCAUUUAAUCAAUUUUCAGGUGGCAUUCCAAGCACAAUUUCCGGUUGUGAGUCAUUACAAUAUCUAAACUUGUCGAACAAUCAGCUUAGAGGAGCAAUUCCAACCACCUUAGGAAAUGUCAAGGGUUUGAUAUCAUUGGAUUUAUCUUACAAUAAUCUUUCCGGGUCAAUACCCGACUCCUUAGAAGGCCUCCCCUUUCUUGAGCACUGUAGCAUCUCUAACAACAAAUUGGAAGGGGAAAUUCCAGAUGGCGGCCGGUUUGGGAACUUCACUGCUCAAUCUUUUGCAAACAACUUUGGCCUUUGUGGUGGUCCAGUAUGGUUUCAAAUCCAAUCAUGCUUAAAAGAUAAUGGUGGAAUAUCAAUUAAGUACAUGAUCAUUGUUCCCUCGUUGAGUUUAGUAGUCAUUGUGGUGAUUAUCAUGCUCGUGUUGAUAAGGAGACGAAAACGGAAGAAUGAGAGAAGAGUAAGAAAUAGGAGAAGAAUUUCUUACAUAGAAUUGGAACCAGACAUAACAUCAUUAAGUGAGACUAACCUGCUCGGACGAGGAAGUUAUGGUUCAGUAUACAAAGCGACACUUUCUGAUGGAUUAGACGUUGCUGUCAAAGUGUUUGACUUGCAACUACAAGGAGCAGCUGAGAGCUUUGAUACUGAAAUGGAAAUACUAUGCAACAUUCGUCACAGAAACUUAGUUCGUGUUGUUGGAUGUUGUAGUAACAAAGAGUUUAAAGCUCUGGUUCUAACUUACAUGCCGAAUGGGAGCUUGGAUAAAUGGUUGCAUUCUGAUAUGUAUGGGUUGGAUCUUAUAAAGAGACUUGAACUAGCAAUAGAUGUUGCAGCGGCCUUGGAAUAUCUUCACCACAAUUACACAUUCCCAAUUAUUCACUCUGAUGUAAAGCCGAGCAAUGUGUUGCUUGACCAAGACAUGGUUGCUCAUCUUGCUGAUUUUGGUAUUUCUAAGCUUUUUGAUAGAGGAGAAGCUGUCGUCCAAACACGAACAAUGGCAACCAUCGGUUAUGCAGCACCAGAGUUGGGAACGGAAGGCAAAGUGUCGACAAGUGGAGAUGUGUAUAGCUUCGGGAUUAUGCUAUUGGAGAUGCUUACAGGGAAGAAGCCAACAGAUGAUAUGUUUGGUGGGGAAAUGAGCUUAAAAGAAUGGGUGAAUAAAGCAUUACAAGAAAAUGCAGUAACAGGAAUCGCCUGCUUUAUUAUCAAGGGAAGAUGAACAUUUCUGCGAAAAGGAGCAGUGUGUGUCGUCGAUUUAUUACUUGGCGAUGAAAUGUUUAGCAUUUUCACCUUCUGAAAGGAUUAACAUGAUUGAAGUAGGAAAUACUCUGCACAAGAU